CACACUGGAGAGAAGCCUUAUAAAUAUAAUCAAUGUGGUAAAGCCUUUGCAAAAAACAGUCAGCUCAUACGUCAUAAAAGAACACAUACUGGAGAGAAACCUUAUGAAUGUAACCAGUGUGGUAAAGCCUUUGCACAAAGCAGUCAUCUCAUAAGCCAUAAAAGAACACACACUGGAGAGAAACCAUAUGAAUGUAAUGAGUGUGGCAAAGCCUUUGCACAAAGCAGUAAUCUCAUAACUCAUAAAAGAACACACACUGGAGAGAAACCUUAUGAGUGUUACCAGUGUGGUAAAGCUUUUGCAAAAAACUGUCAUCUCAUAAGCCAUGAAAGAACACACACUGGAGAGAAACCUUAUGAAUGUAACCAGUGUGGUAAAGCCUUUGCACAAAACAGUACUCUCUUAAGCCAUAAAAGAACACACACUGGAGAGAAACCUUAUGAAUGUAACCAGUGUGGUAAAGCCUUUGCCGAAAACAGUCAUCUCAUAAGCCAUAAAAGAACACACACUGGAGAGAAACCUUAUGAAUGUAACCAGUGUGGUAAAGCCUUUGCACAAAACAGUCAUCUCAUAAGACAUAAAAGAACACAUACUGGAAAGAAACCU